AGAUAUGUCCUAGAGAAAUGCCGAGAAUGACCCUGCUCGGCCAAGCCAUGCCAAAGUGCAUCGCUUUGUUCGCAUUGCUGGUGGGCAUUGCUGCCUCACUGGAUGAGACCCAGGCAUUUAUCGACUGCGCGGUGGACUCUGACAGUUGUGCAGAGAUGGAGGACAACACCUUGCAACUGAUACAGAUGAAGCGGCGCCUGCUUCCGGCAAAAGCCGAGAAGACACUCAUGAAAGGCGUGAGCUAUGGACCCUCGCCCUUCACAUCACCGGCGAAGAACAAGCACUAUGACUACUUUUGUGACUCUGCGGAGGCCAUGUGGGGCGACUCUGGUCGUGCAGAUCUCCGAGUCAUCAAAAGCCUGGGCGCAAAUACCGUGCGGCUCUAUGGCAACGACCCUCAGCUGUCGCACGAGAAGUUUUUGGACCACGCCUGGAGUUUAGGGCUCCACGUGAUCCCGGGCAUGGGAGACAAGGCCUUCGCCACUCCGCCAUGCAAAGGCAGCGGGGACUUCUCCUGCGCAGAGGGCGUCAAGAAGGCCUAUGCCCAGAACCUGGAGAAAGGCUUUCUCCAGGCCAACCGUAGCUACCACCCGGCCAUCAAGUACUUCAUUGUGGUGAACGAGCCCGAGCUGAAGCUCCCAUCGCUGUCCGAGCCGAAGAAGUUCGCCAGAGCGGUGGUCUCCGCCAUCGAUGGGGUCUUGGAGGCCGAAGAGGAGGCACAAGUGCAGGGGCCAAAGCCCAACCUCACGGUGACCUUCUCCUUCGCCUCCUGCGCCAUGUGCGAGCAGUUUCAGACGAAGCCCGGGCUUGGCCAGCUCUGGACCCUCUUCGACGCGCUGAGAAAUCCCGUUAAGUACGGAGUUACCACCCAGCGAAAUCUCACAGAUUUCUUCCGCACGCGGUUCACCUAUAGCUUUAACUCUGGCAACCCGGCGGAGGAAAUCGAGGACAUGUUUUUGGCGCAGUACCAGCAGCUCUUCCCCACCACGCCCAUCUUCGUCGCCGAGUACCAUGACCCCUACAAUAAAGAUACGCAGGCGGACCUGCAGAAGAUCCUGGAAAUUGCCCAGAGCUCGCCCUUGCUGCUGGGCGUCAGCUUCUUCGAGUUCCAGAACCGCUACGACCAAGCGGGGCACUUGGUCUGGGGUAUGUUCGACCCGCAGCAGGACAACUCCUCCAAGCUCCGGGUGGAGUUCCAGGAGUACUCAUCCUCAGUUCCCUGCCUUAGCCCCGUCUUCGACGGGAGCCGAACCAUUGCCGAGCAGCUCACAACGGCCUACGGGGGCCCGGGCAUCGAGCCGAAGCGCUUGUGCAUGCCCAACCCCCAGCAGGUGGUGGUGAGCAAGCACGGCUUCAGACAGAUGGUGGGGCUCCAGAACAUCACCUCCAUGCAGCAGUUCAUCGAGCGCGUGGUGGAGAAGCUAGGUGGCUUCGUGCCCUUCGUCGUGCCAAAGGAGUUUGCCGAGCUCUUCCUCCGGCCGGGCUCCAACUCGAACUACCACGACCUGGAAGAGCUACUCACGGCGCACCCCCAGUGGGCCAGGUGGGACACCUUUUCCGCGUGCACCGUGGACGCCCAUGCCCUCGAGUCCUCCCUUGGAGGAAAGAUCGGCUACGUGUGUGGGCUGGGCUAUGCGGACUGCUCUCAGAUGCCUCCGAGCUGCAAGGGGAGCGUCUGGAACGCGGCCUCCUGGACCUUUGGGAUGCACUUCAAGGAGCUGGUGUAUGCCCGAGAUUCGCCGCCCAAGCCUUUGCAGCAGUGCUACUUGGAUGGCUCCGCCCAGUUCGUGCGCUCGAGCAUCUGGAAGAAGUCGCCCUUGAAGCCCGAGUGUGUGGUGCCUUUGGGCUGGAGCGACCCCAACAAGGUCUUCAUCACCCAGCACGGCUUUCACCUCAUCUGGAGCGACCAGGACCCCACGGCCAUGAGGAUUUUCAUCCGCCGGACGGUGGAGCACACGGGCGGGGAGAUGCAAAACGGCCAAGUGCCGGAGGACUUCAUCCAGAAGAUGCUGGGCCUCGAGGGCAGCUUUCGACAGCUCCAGGCCGCGCUGCACACGCGCCCCUCCUGGGCCUACUGGGGUCCCAGCUCCGCCUGCGUGCCGGACAAGGCCGCCAAGGCACGGGAGGUAGGCGGCGCCAUCGGUGUGGUAUGCUCCAAGGGGAUUUUUGAUUGCAAGACUAUCCCUGAGAAGUGCAAAGGCAGCGUUUGGGACAACGCGGCCUACGUCUUCGGGUCCUACUACAAGGCCUUGAGAGAACGAGGUCAGCGCGCCGACCCGCUCUGGGAUUGCGAGUUUACUGGCCGCGCCGUCUUCGCCAGCCCCAAGCUAAUCGACUCCUUCAACCUCACCCAGGACUGCGUGGUGCAGGUGUCCACGAGGAACAACCAGAGCAAAUAGAGCUCGAGAAGGUCAGACCCUUGCCUAGCGACCUCGCCUGCUGUGUGACCAGAAACCACCCGGUUUCUUCGUUGGAGGGUCCCCGAUAUUUUUUCACA